AUGAUUCAGAUCCACGGCAUCGCCAGUCCCGGUGAUUGCCCUCACGCCACACCAGAAAAGGAUGCCGCGUUGGCAGUGGUGAGCGAGGUUGCCCAGGAAAUUGACCCCAUAUUGGAGAAGCGAGUGCUACGCAAGAUUGACCUGUAUUUGAUGCCUGCUAUGCUGAUCGGCUAUGGCAUGGUGUACUAUGACAAGGCCAUCCUAGGCAGCGCUUCACUCUUUGGCAUGACAACUGAUUUGGCCCUAAAAGUGACAGACAAUUCGACAUCUCCUCCAUCCGUUGACACCUCUCGUUUGAGCUGGGCAACGUCGAUCUUUUACUUUGGAAUGCUUGCUGGUCUCUACCCGAUGACCUUUAUUUUACAGCGAUUUAAUAUUCGAUCGGUUCUGGGCCCAGUAGUUCUUCUGUGGGCUGUUGUUUGUGCAGCCACCGCCGGCGUGACAACCUGGAAGGGACUUUUCGUACAGCGAUUCUUCCUUGGAUUCAUUGAGAGUGUUAUCCCAACUGGUUUCAUGACUAUAGUCAGUGGUUAUUAUACACAAGAAGAGCAGGCCCUUCGACAAGCGUGGUGGUUCUCUGGCACUGGCUGGUUCACUAUCAUCGGCAGCGCACUUAACUACGGAUUUGGUCAAAUUACAUCCGGGCCCUUGAAGAGAUGGCAGUACAUUUACAUCCUGGCUGGUGCCCUGACAUUUCUGUUUGGUCUCUGGUGCUGUGCCAUGCCGAAUUCGCCUGUCUCUGCAUGGUUUUUGACCCCUGAGGAACGGGCGGUUGCUGUGGAGCGACUCCGGAAGGGUCAAACUGGCGUGAGGUGCCAGAAGAUCAAAUCAGAGCAGAUCAGAGAGUGUCUGACAGAUAUCAAAAUUUAUCUGGUGGCUAUUAUGAUGGCGGCGGCGUACACUAUAAACGGUGCUAUCUCGGGCUUUGGACCAUUGAUCGUGUCAACGUUUGGUUAUGAUACCUUGGAUUCCAUUUUAUUCCAAUUCCCCGUCGGUGCCGUCUGUGUCAUCUUUAUCCCUCUCUGCGGAUACAUCUCCACAGUCGUACCCAAUACGCGCAUUCCCAUGUUGAUUGUCUGUUGCCUUCCUGUCAUUGCUGGCUGUGUUAUGAUCUGGAAAUCCCAGUGGGGAUACCACCCGGCAACACCCGUUGUAGGCUACGCUCUGACUGGUUUCUUCGGGCCAGUGGUUAGUCUGAUUAUCACAGUUGGGGCUAGUAAUGUCGCUGGAGCUACGAAAAAAACUGUCAUGGCAGCAACUGUCUUUGUCGCAUACACUGUGGGCAACAUCAUUGGGCCCCAGCUAGUGAAAACAACUACUAAAGCCCAGCACUACCCGGAACUGUGGACUGGCAUGGUGAUCUGUUACUGUAUCACAAUCGCUGCAGCUGCAGCACUGUACCUGGUGCUUUGGCGCGAGAAUCGAAACCGGGACCAGUUGGAGCUCGAUGAGGUGCAGCGAGAUAAGAUUGCCUUUGACGACCUCACAGACAAGCAGAAUCCGUUUUUCCGGGUGAUAUAUUCGACCAUGUACACUUCUGGUGUUGAUGGCAUAAGAAGCGAGUUUGAGAUAUCCUCGAAAAUUGUUGUUCUUCUUGGCUUGACCACAAAUCUUUUUGGUCUCGCGUUGGGGUCGGUUGUAUUGUCGUCGUUGUCCGAAAUAUAUGGUCGCCGGCCCGUAUACAUCACUUCUGUUCUUCUAUUCGCCCUCUUCAUCGUGCCAGUCGCCAUGGCAAAAAACAUUGAAACCAUUUUAAUCAGUCGAUUUUUUGGAGGCUUCUUCGGUGGAGCUAUGAUCGCCAGUGCUCCGGGAAGUGUUACUGAUGUGACAAAUGAACAGCAUCGCGCGUUGGCAUUGAGCUUUUGGAGUCUCGGGACUAUGAAUGGACCUGUACUUGGCCCCAUUAUUGGUGGCUUCGUUUUUCAGUACCUUGGGUGGCGCUGGCUCAAUUGGAUCGUCUUGAUUGGUAGCGGUGUCUCGUUCAGCUUGAUGUUGUUAGUGCAAGAAACAUACGCCCCAGCUCUUCUUCGCAAGCGCACCAAGGCAAAACAACGGGCAACGAGGGACCGCCGAUGGUGGUGCUGCUUUGAUCACCAAGACACUGCCCUCCAAGUCUUGAAGACUAAUUUGAUUCGCCCGUUACGAAUGGUGGUGCUUGAACCUAUUUGGUGA